AAGAGCGCAAUGCAACAUAAAUUAGACACAUCACAUUUGUUAUAUUCUGUGAUGUUUUUAGGAUUUUGUUAAACUUGUUUUCAUACCUCUAACAUCGUCAAAAGUUGGAUCCCUAGUUUACAGCCUUCAAUUGACACAUUUCCCCGUAGCUCAAUAUUUUAAAAGUUACACUUGUACGUACACAUUAAUAUUAUAAACAUACUGUGAAAUGGUAUCAUACACUACCAUUGUAUACCGGCGAAUGAUUUCUCUCUACUACCACUAUUUCAUCUCAUAGAUGCAUCACAUGACAAAUUCUACAAAUUUAUAGUGUACUGUAAACUUUAUAUUUUCUUUAGCUUGGAAGUUCUGGUUGUUUGCUAGAAAUAAAUAGUUGGUGGUAAUUUUAACCGGACAAAAUGACAAAGUAGUUAUCUAUUUACGUGUAAAAAUUGUUUUUAGAGAUUCUUCGGUAGGGGAGUUUGCAGAUCUUCUUUUACGGAGACAUAACGCCGCACUGAAACUAGUUGGUUUAGAAAUUCUCCAUGAACAUUAAUGUUUAUAUGGUUAAAAAUGCGUUAAUGACCAACAUAAAUACGGAAGAAAUAUUCAAGAAAUUGAAGGCGGUGAAAAAGGAGCUGCGCGUUUGUGUAUCUCUAAUGUUGACUGUCCCAUAACAGCCAAUCGGUUACGAUGUGCGAGCGAGUCUAAAACCAUAGACUCGGUUACACCAUAAACAUUAAAAUGGAAUAUGAAAAGCAAUCCAUAGUUUUCUGGUUUUGUAGCUAUGGCGUUGGCAAGAAACCGUUUACUCAAGGAACUCAAGGAGGCCAGUAAAUCCGCAGAUCCAAACAUCAAACUGGUAGUAUCCAACUCAAAUAUUUUCAGCUGGAUAGCUUAUAUCAGAGGUCCACAGGGCACUCCAUAUGAAGGAGGAAUUUUCAAGUUGUCUAUUUUAUGUCCACAUUCAUAUCCCAUACAACCACCUGCCGUGUACUUCCUUACCAAAUGUUUCCAUCCUAACAUAAACUUUGCAACAGGUGAACUGUGUAUGGAUGUGCUAAAAAACAAUUGGAGUCCCGCUUGGACGAUAGAGUAUCUGUGUAACGGAGUUAUUUUUAUAUUGAGCGAUCCAAACGCUGACAGUCCAUUGAACUGCGAUGCUGGAAAUUUGAUACGUUCUGGUGAUGUUAUCGGUUAUAGAUCAAUGGCAAGAAUGUAUACUGUCGAAUGCGCUCAUACGGUCUUCCCUGAGGAUUAGUAAGAUACACAUUUGUACAAAAUUUCCGCUUUUGCGACUUAUAUAGAAUUUUUACUUAAAUCGUGGAUAAAGAGU